CCCAAAUCUAAUUGGCUCUGAGCCUGUUCCAGGCAUGUGAUAUUCUAGUGAUAACAGCACUGAUAACAAAUAAUACUGAUUUUGUGUCACAGAAUGUAGUUUUAGGAGGUUUUUUUUUAGGCAAGAAUGUAGUUGUUUAGCCUUCAAAUAUGUGGUUGAAGAUAACGUCUAAUUAAAAAUUUGCUUUGACGUUUUCGGAGAUGUGAGCUUCAGGGCUUCAGUAGCCUUUCAGCACUCAUGAACCCAGCCUCACCUCGGCCAGAUCUUCUGGAAUGUGUCACUGAUGUCUCUCUAUAGUGGUUAAACAUGGGAUAUAAUUAGUUUUGGGUAAAUCUAACAUGCAGUCUUUGGUCUCUGAGUAAAUUAGAAAAAAAAUAAUGCAUGUUGUCUAAUAUAGAUAGAUACCGAUAUAGGUAGGUAGGUAGGUAGAUCGGUAGAACAGAGAGACAGAUAGAUACAUACAUACAUAAUCAAACGUACUCACAUAUUUCCAGAAAAGAAUGCACAUAUCGAGGCACUAAAAAAAGGCAGUUUGACACACAGGCCUCGGAGGGAAGCUGGGAGUGUUUGUCAGGGUGAUGAUGCUGAAUCACAGGGCAGGCAGUCUCUCUCUUUCUAUUAGUUAGCUGAGGGAUGGUGAACUCCAGGGAGGUAGACAGAUGACGUGCUUUCACUCCUAUCAUUCUCCCUGCGUGCGGUCGCUCCAGGAACACACGAGAUUAAGAGAUGCAAUUAACUGUCAAAGACAAACAAGUCACGGGCUAGGACAACACUCAUGAGAUUGCUCCAUAAAUUUCACCGCAAACGAGCUGAGCAGGUUAGUGAAGGAAAGGACGCAAAUUCGCUAUAUGAAAUGUUCAUAGAGUCUGGGGAUGAAAGAUGUUGCAGCUGUGCCCUUUUCUGGUUCCAUGACUGAUUAUUUUCACAUUUGUGUCAGAUCAUUUAAGCACAGAAAUCUAAUCUACUAACACAAUUACAUGCAAGAUACAGUUGCUAAAGGCAAGUGCACCAUUUUUCCAACUAAUAAUAUUGUGUUUGCAGGAACCAUGGUGAGCAAGGACGCUGGUAAAUGCAUGCUCACCAACUCUGAGUCGGACUCAGAGGCAACGGCGGCCUCCAUGGCCCUGGAGGUCAAAGGAUCAUCGGACGAAAGCCGGCAGGUGCGCAAACGCAACAAAGCCCUUCAGGUGCGCUUCAAGGACAUCUGCGAGGCACAGAAUGAACAGGCUGCUGCGGCCCGAGGGGGGAAGCCGGUCUACAAGGUGGCGUACCGCAAAUACAUGACCGUCCCAGCUCGCAGAUCAAUCCCCAAUGUCACCAAAAGCACUGGAGUGCAAACAUCACCGGAUCUUAGGAAGCGUUACCAGACUUUUCCAUUUGAGCGGAAGAAAGGACAUACGGUCAAGCAUGCUGCUGUUGUGGAGAGCUGUAAGGAUCAGGACGAUGGGUUUGUUAUUGAUGUAAAGAGGGCGAAAGCUACCGAGGUGGGUAGGGAGUGCGCACCCUCUCAAAAUGUGAGAAAAACAAGAGCAUUAAUGCACACCAACAAGUGCGUCGCGACUAUAGAGCAACACCCACAAACCAGGGACUGUCUGGAGAGAACAGACGGACCGUGUUCGGAUGCUCUGGUUCUUCCUUGUCCGACAGAUGGGUCCACAGCGGGAACGGACAACUCGGACUAUCAGAUCUGUAGCGUCAGAAGAAAACACAGUAAGGGCUUCCAGAGAGACUCUGAAACUCUUGAUCGCUCAGGCAAGCUACAGUUGCUAAACUCUGGGGAGAGCGGUGGGAAUAUUCUAGAGGAUUCCUCCUCCAAAGUGAUGGGACCUAUCGCGUGGAACUCCCUCACACAGGUGGAGUGCCUGGAGAGUCCGUCCGAGCGGAACAAACGCAAGAAGGCGCUGCAGCUCAAUGGCCUGCAGUCGCAGACGCUGCCGCGGUCCAGUUGCACGACGCAGGUCCAGUGCCACGUGGGCACGCUCUCUGCUCGACCGCUGCGGGCCAUGGAGGAGGCAGCGCCGGUGACUCCAGUCUCCUCGACAGCCGUUCCCAUGCCUGCGCCUCCAUGCAGGGGCGGCACAGGAUCGGGAACUCUACAGAUGGAUAAUGAGGCGUGCAAGCAGAUAGUGCCUGUCAAUCAGGAUGGGGAUGUUAAAGCGCAGCUCCAGGCCAUGGAAAACAUGAUCAGCUCCAGCCAGGAAACCAUCAAAGUGCUGCUGGGUGUCAUUCAGGAGCUGGAAAAAGGAGAAGCUCAUAGAGAAGGACUCUCCUAUCGAACCGGACAGGACACGGCCAACUGCGACACGUGUCGGAACAGCGCAUGCAUUAUUUACAGCGUGGAGCUGGACUUUAAACUGCAGGAAGAUAAGCUCCAGCCUCUGAUGAAGAGACUGUGUCCCACGGACGAGUCCCCGUUCCCCCCUCUGCCGUAUCCUCAGGAGACCAUCGGCUCCACGCCCAAACGCAAGUCCAAAGCGGAGGCCAAGAAACACGCACGCUGGAAACUCUGGUUUCUGUGACCGCAGGAUUACACACAACUGACCAUCAUAUUUUCAGUACAGGAGUUUAGCGACAGAAGCAUCUGUUCACUUGAUUUGUUUUUUGAUCAGGAUGAUUCAGGAAAAUCCUAUCAGAUUGUUUUGGUUUUUUUGGCCCUUUUGGUACUUUAUGGACACGAGUACUGAACUAGGUUUGGAAAUACCGCAGCUAGUAUUAAUAAAAAAAAUAAAUAAAUAAUAAUAAUAAUAUAUAAAUAAAUAUAUAUAAAUAUAUUUAUUUAUUUAUUUAACAGAUUUUGGGAAUUUUCUCCUGGAAAAAAGAAAUGAUGAGACUAUUUCCCUCAUGCAGAGUGUGAAAUUAUUUUAAACUGGAUCAAUAACAAAUCUUGCUUUUUGGUCAUCAUCCUGUUAAUUUGGUUUGGGAAAUCAGGAGGAUUUAAAACACGGACAGUACACAAGCUUUUCAUUUCAGUCUUCUCUUCCUCAUGGAAAAUCGCAGCAUUAAACAGAAGCACAACUCUUCAGAUGCACUGGAUGAUGUUUCUAACUGAGGACUUCACGGAUCUUACCAGAUAUCGAGAAUGGAAAAUUUACCAGAGGAUGUAAUUAUUCACAGCCCGAACCGGCGAAGUCACAACAAACGCAUUACAUGGGAUUUAUAUGGAAAUAAUCUUACAAGCCUCUGUGAAUUCAUAUAAACUUUCAUAUAAUAUUAUUACCACGAAAAAGAAAAAAGAAAAAAGAAAAAAAGUAUGACUUAUUUUUCUAGAUUCGUAAUAAUCACAGAUUUUCUAGAUGCACUAUAUAUGUAUAAACUUCUCACUUAUUGGAUUAUUGAAAUUAUAAGAAGCAUUUUCAACUCUGUUCAUUUAAAAUGAUUUCACUUCAAAUAAUCUUCUAUAGAGUGCAUUAGUUCCGCUCACUAUUUCAGCAGCAUUGGUUCUGGAAGUAUUUCUUCCAUUCAUUUUUCCCAUAAGGAUUUUUUUUAUUUAUUUAUUUUUUAUUUUUUUAAGUAUUUGUUAGUGUUGUGAGCCAUGAACCAGCUACGAGGUGAAUCGCAACAUUACAAUCUAUGAUUUGAUGCAAGUAUUUGAAAAUGAGACAAAAAGACAAAAGGUACAAGACUGUGUACUUAACAGCUGUAGUGAGAGGGAAAACUACAAUCCUGUGAACCACUGAAAAUGACAAUCAAAUUAAAAAUGGCGGACAAAUAUAAAACUAUCCAUUUAAGGCUGAUUGAAUAAACUGAAACAAUAUAUUUUAAGUUCAGUCCUCGUUUGAUGCUAUUUGCUCACUGCGACUCUCUGAUGGGCGGAAUUUUCUGUACAGCAUCAUAGGUAAUGUAGUUUUUCACCAGGGAUUCGACUACUAAACAUGAUUAUUUAAAGUAUACUAGUUGAAAUAAUGCGACCUGAAGGCUUCAACAAAAGCAUAUAUCAUUAAUUAAAAACCUUGGCUCUCACAGUAGUUAUGUCUUUAAUAAGCUAUUGUUAAAAAUCUAUUUCCCUAUGGAGAAAAUGAACUGCAUUUUUACUUCUGGAACCUGACUGUUGCACUCUAUUACAACUAAUGGCAUAAUCAUGGAAACAACAGUGAACGUUCACCUUUCUGUGAUAGGAAGUCAUGUGAUACAGUCAUCGUAAAGCUGCGCUCACACAAGAUAGUGAUGAACACUGAUCUGCAAUAUAGGAACAAAAAAAAAAUGUUUGGCCAAUACAGGAUCUAAAUGUCUCUGUAAAUGAGCUGUUGGUGCAAUAUAAAAUAGCAAGCUGCAGGCUUGGAAAUUACAUUAUAUUUCUAUUUUAUUGUUUUCAAUUUAUUUUGAAUGUAUAUUUACAGAAUCCCUAGAGUGUGACAUCACAUCCUGUCUGUGAACGCACUCUCUACACCUGCACUGAACACUCAAACAAUGUUCCUGCUAUGAAAAUGACGAGGAACAUCAGAGCAAAUCAGAUAAACUGGAGCGUGUGUCUCGGGUCUGAGAGAGUAAUGAGAGCAGCUCAGUUUGUCUUCAGCGUUCAGAAAGACUGCCCGGAACGGAGAGAAAUUUAGAAAUUUCGUCACAGGUAAAGAAAAACACGUUCAAGAGAUACUUCAACAGAGAAAUAGAAACGAUAGAUUGCAUAAAGAAAAUGAAGUGAAAAAUGAAAUGACCUAUUUUUUAAUGACAUUAUUAUUUUUUAUAACAAUUAAACAGAUUUUACCCAGAAUUCUCAUUACCUUAAUUAAUACAUUCAUAUUUAACAAAUGAAUCUAAUUAUAUCUAAUACACACACAUACAUACAUAUAUAUAUAUAUAUAUAUAUAUAUGGGUAGUUGACGUAUCAAUGUGUCCUAUGGUGUAAAAGCAAAGAUGUAAAAAAAACAACAACAAAAAAACACCUAACACUGAAGAUAAACCUCUCAUGCUAUUUGUAACUAAGAAAGAAGAUACAUUUUUCUCAUAGCAUUUGUA